AUGUCAACGAUCCUGGAUGCCUUGGUCAAAAGCAAGCACGACUCAACAGACGAUAUUUUGUCCUUGGAAGGCGUGGAUAGUGUCACAUUCUGGCGGUUCUUUCAAUUUGUGUAUUCUGGCGCGUAUGAAAGCCCCGAUGCCAUAGAUAAAGUUACCGGGGAGAGGUUCGACGUAGGCAAAGACAACCCAGGUGUAUUUGGCGAACCAGCGUUGCCAGUUAGUGGCGGAUUAGCCCUUCAAACGGCCUUUAAGCUUCCCUAUUCUCUGGCGUCCUACAAAUCUGCAUUCGGCCCCCACUCGUCAGAUUUACGGGUGCAACCCAAGCGCAAAGGCUUUGGCCUGUUUUCGUCAGCUAAAGAUUUAGGAAACCACUCAGAGAUUCAGCACCGCUGCAUUUCCCUAUUUUUGGAAAGAUACAAAAUCGAUGAAAGCACGUUGAGUGCUAGCAUAUUUAGGGAAACGGCAUCUACGUUUGUCAGUACAUUCAUGUGUCACGUCAAAACAUGGGUUUUUGCUAAACACUACGCCAUUCCCGCACUUAUGGACUAUACUUGCUCACGUCUGGCCCGUGAGCUUGCCCAAUGGGAAAUUUAUGCGUCAGAUUUUAUCCGCGAUUUUAAGGAGCUUGUUCGCUAUGUACAUAACUAUUGCGCCGUUGACGACUGCAGCCUGCGACUACUUAUUGCGCGGUUCGCUACUUGCGUGAUCGAGGAUGUAUCCACUCUGGAAGGGUGGACAAAAUUACUUGCAGAAGUGCCGACUUUCGAAGCGGAUCUGGGCUUGGAAUUGCUGCGUGCUAUGCAGAAUUCGUAG